AUGCCUCGGAUGCCUUCAACAAUACAUGCAAUGUUUUUAUGCACUUCUUGCCUGCAUGCUACGACUUUUGCAGCAGACGACGCUGUCCAAAGCUGGGAAUGUGUGACGAAGCGGCCGUGCCACAUCGAGUUGCACAACACCGAGGUGACGGCAGAGGACUUGCUUGUUUUCGAAGAAAAUGACCAGGUGACUGACGGAUGUCCACUCUGCUCCUCGUCUCGCUACGGCUUGUGCCCCUGGCUUACGACCGACACCGGCAUCGCCAAUGUUGUUCUUUGCGAGGAUGGCGGCUACAACGAGCAAUGGGCGUGCCAGCUUAACGGUCAAGGAAGUCGCAUCUUGUGCCCGCCGAACACGACCAUGUGCUCAAGCAGGGCUUGUGGAGGAGGAAUGGAUCAUUGCUGCGAUCCAGUUGUUCCAGACGACGACAUGACGUGCGUGCAUUCUUGGGGCCGGCGAACAUGCCCCUACACUGCAGUCACGGAGGACAACUCUGCCGAGCUGAAUGCAACUCACGGGCCUUGGAUUCCAGGCACGUAUAGUGUGUGUCGCUGCAGCCCUUCGCAAAUGGCGUCCCAGCGUGUGGCGGAACUGGUUGGGAAGCUGCAAAUCCGAGGGCCAGGAUUCGAGCGGAUGCAUCAAUGCGUGUCGGGGGAGUCCAGGUGCCGCUUCUCUAGCCCUGGUGGCUUCGGACUUCUUUCCCUCAGGACAUCUUUGGUCCAGGCAACGACGGCCGCAACCUGCUCGUCCGUGGCGAAUACGUCCUCGGCCUUUGCUAACAACUUCCGGUUCAGCUGGAACAGAAAUUGGAGCAAUCCGUACGUUCACGGCGAGGACAUGGAAGCCGUACAGCAGUGGAUCAGUGAGCAGAACCCUGGAGUGUAUCGUUUGUGUUGGUGCGAAAACAACACAGUCGGCGCCUGCGAGUCUCUCUCUGACUUCAAUGCCUCCGCAGGGAUGCUCACCUUGCGGGGGCCCACGAAGCACGAGAUGACAAGGAUUGCGACCAUUGGCGAGCCGUUUACUUUUGCGACAUCCGGGGUGUGGAUUACGACCCAGAGUGUCAUGCGCCUGCAACGCGACUGCGGUCGUGAACCCGACGUGGUGAUGAAGGAGGCGGUGGCGGAAGUUGCAUCUGGAGCCGAUCUGUCAUACAGGUUCGGGCUCAUGUCUGAAGCCAGAACACCUGCUGGUCGCUACAAGCUCUGUUGGUGCCAGCCGCAGUUUCAGAGCGUGCCACCUUCUGCCUGCACGGCAGCACAGGAGUUUCUCACAUUCGUUGCAGAUGUUGCCGUGAUCUGUCCUUCUGGACAGCACGGCAAGGACUACGAGCCGUGCCGUGGCUGCCCCUGGUUCUGGCAGCAGCCAAACAGGUUACGAGAAGAGUGCAUCUUCAACGAUGCGACGAAUUUUCUCCUGGUCAUGGCAGCAGGGAUUUGUUACCUUUGUGGCUGGGUGGUGCUCUGGUACGAGCUGGGGGUCAUUGCAGGAGGGCCCGGCGGCCGACGUUGCAGUCUGGCCGGGCGGAAAGUGCGCAUUGAGGACAUUUCGUCCUGCCCUUCCACGAGUGGUGAGUGGUCUGCGAUCGUUACAACGACGACUGCUCACCGUUUGUCGAACCGCUUCGGCACCUUCCCUAUCCAUUUCUACAAGACAGGUCAUCACAUGCUCGACUCGCCCACAGAGGCCUGCCUGUACCGGGCACGGGCACUUUCAACUCGCGCCCUUCAGCUUUUGGAUGCGAGGGGCAAACCGGUGCAGGGUGCAGACACCAGCCACGGCUUCUUUGUGCUGUCCUUUUUUCGUUCCACCCUCCAUAGUGACGUGAUUCCUCGUGUUCCUGUUGCCGUGGCCGCCCCGAUGCUGAUCUUAUGCACACCACCAUUGCUGGUCUUCGUCAGUGAGGAAUACGAAAUUCCGUACAGCCAUUCCUUUGGUGCUGCUGCAGCACUGGGGGGAUGCCUGGUGGGCUUUGUGAUCUCAAGAUUGUUUCAACUUCUGAUCCCGAAGGACCCGUCGAUCUGGUACUCUCUGGUGCGAUUUCAGGAGAAGCUGCGGGAGCGCAACCCCGUCCCUGCACCAUGCGACAAGGGGCCGCAGCGUGCUCUGACAGCUUUCCAGAUCUUUGACUUUAUGAACGAAUUUCAGCACUACAUCAGAGAUCGAAACUUGUAUUAUAUUGAUUCGAACAUUGUUCGCCCGUUGACCUCGGAGCUGCAGCUGUCCUUGGCAGAAGUUCUGGGGCCCUGUCAGACCGUCUGGUUUGUCUCGCAUUUUUGGGGAACGAGAUUCACCUACACCUGCGACGCUCUCAGGCGGCAUGCCGAGGCAGUCGUAAUUUCCGAACAUGCAGUAACCCCGUCGUGGGAAUCUGUGUCUUACUGGAUCUGUGCUUUCAGCAACAACCAGUACUUCAUCGAUGAGGAGUUAGGCACGAGUCACUACGAAUCCUCCUUUUACCUGGCCCUACACAGCAGCUGUGUUCAGGGUACUUGCAUGAUCUUGGACGAGCAUGCCUUGCCACUGACCCGAUCUUGGUGCCUCUUCGAGGUGCUCCAGACGAUGAAUCUGGCGAAGAAGCGCGCCGACUUCGUGGGCCUUCAGUUCUGCACGAACACGGGUGUUGUCAAUUUCGGCCGUGCAACAACCGAGGUUGCCCUAAACAUCGGCAAGCGCCUGGCGCACCUGUCCUUGGCGGAUGCGGAUGCUACACACAGUCAAGAUCGAGACACCAUCAAGUCGCUAGUGAUUCAGGAGAUGGGAAGCUUCGAUAAGAUUGACAUGAUCCUUCGGGCACAGAUCAAGAAAGCUUUGGUUGUGUCGAAGGGGUUCAUCGAUGAUGACUUUGACCUGCUGUUCCAACAUCUUGAUCCUGGGCUCACGCGCGUGAGUCUUUGA